AUGUGUGUUCCCGGGUGUGGUAAGUCAACCUGCUGGGAAUGCACUAAAGGCUCUCCACAAAUUUGCCCAGAAGGCCCUCAUUAUGGAGGAGGACAAGAUGGCUUCUUUGCAGACUAUGCCGUAGUACCAGAAAGAGCGGCUAUUCUGUUACCGGUCGGUGUUAGCAUGGAAGCCGGAGCUGUUGCAACAGAUGCCUGCAUGACAGCACAUCACGCAGUUGUAGAUCGAGGAAGUGUUGCAAGGGAAGAUACUGUUUUGAUCCUGGGUCUUGGGGGUCUAGGAUUUAAUGCUCUCCAGAUUUGUCUGAGUAUCGGGGCACGCUGCAUCGUGCUGGACAAACGACAAACUGUGCUGGACACCGCGAGAAAUCUCGGCAUCGCUAGCAACGACAUCAUUCCUCCAGAUAUCACGGAUGUCAGUCAAUGGGUGAAGGACCGAGACUUAGUGAUUGACGUUGCCAUAGAUUUUAUUGGAAUGGCAGAAACAUUUAAAGUGGCAGUGGAAAGUGGUAAAGCACCUCUAACUUUCCUCUUUCCCAGCAACGUUUCGCUAACCUACGACUUGCCUAAAGUGCGUAAGGCGGGGACUAUAGUUAUCGUUGGCCUACUUGGAAUCAACCUUUCAUUCGCAACAGGAACAAUUGUACGCAGGCAAUUGAAUAUUGUCGGGAGCUACGGAGGAACAAUCUCGAAUAUCACAGCCUGCCUGGAGCUUAUCAAAGAUGGUGCCUUGGUUCCUCAGAUAAAGAAGGGUAACAUGCAGGAUUUUCCAACGAUCUUGGAUGAUCUGCAUAAUGGGAGAAUUCAGGGCAGAAUGGUGAUGCUUCCCGACAACGUUUUACUUGAUUGA